CUGAGACGGAUGCUCUACGGAGCAACAUUUUUUUUGUUUUUUUUCGAAGGUGAUGAUGUCGGCAUAACGCAAGAAUUCUUAUUUCACGACGUCAGUUAUUCAAGGAACGUUGCUGUUGAUUUUUCUUUAACUUUGAUUACUGAAGCGAAUUCGGUUCAAAUCUUUCACUUUUGAAAAGUCAAUCAUUCAACAACUGAGUCAAUUAGCC